AUGGGUUUCGUGUAUCAGUUCUUUUUGCAGGUAAAGCAAGAUGUCUUACAAGGGCGUUUGCCUUGUCCUGUCAACAUUGCUGCUCAGUUGGGAGCUUAUGCAAUACAGGCUGAACUUGGAGACUAUGAUCCAUGCAAGAACACUGCAGGUUAUGUUUCAGAGUACCGUUUUGUUCCUGACCAAAAAGAAGAAUUAGAAGAUGCCAUAGAACAAAUACACAAGACUCUGACGUGCAAUUACAACUGAAUAUGGAUAUAGAUUCAAUAGUCACUACACCACAAGGGCAAGUCUACCAGACUUUUAACAUUUUCCUCUGAAGAAAAGCUGUUGAAAAUA